AACAGCUCAAGAAAAAAGAAGCGCCAAAGCAAAUGAAAGACACGUGGAAGACAGUAGUUAAGAAAAUUAAAGAAACCCCUGACAAUCCAUUUAUAAAAUACAAAGGCAAGAAGGCAAAGAAAGCCAAGUGGUACAAAAGACAGCAAGAGAGAGAGGAACAAAGAAUGAGAGAGGAAGAAGAAAGGCUGAGGAAGGAGGAAGAAGAGAGACUGAAGAAGGAGGAAGAAGAGAGACUGGAGAAGGAGGAAGAAGAGAGAUCGAAGAAUGAACAAGCAACAAGGGACAAAGAAGAAAGCGGAGAAUCGGAGAGCAAAGAAAGUAAAGAAAGUAAAAUCAGUAAGCGUAGUAGUGAAAGUAUUAAAUCAAAGAGUGAAGAAAGUAAAAUAAGUAAGCGUAGUAGUAGUAGUAGUAGUAGUAGUAAAACAAAAAGUGAAGAAAAUAAAACAAGGAAGCGCAGUGUAAGAAAUAUUCAAAGGAGAAAAAGAAACACACCAGAAAACAUAAAAACCAGAAAUCACAGCAGGAAAAGGAGAAACAUCCACACCAAUUCCAACUCACUCUGGGAAAAGGGUUUAGAUGGCUAUGUAUCCAUUCCAUGGAGUUGGGGAGUUAAUGCAAGU